CGCGACAUGAACGAUGACAUUCAUCAACCUGACGAAGAUUUCGCGCCGAUGGCUGUGGAUGAAGUCGAGGAUUUGGAGGACUCCACACUAGAUCCUCCCGUAGAUCGCUACGGUUUUAUUGGUGGCCAGCAGUACACGGAUCCCGCAAAGGCCCAUGUCACGCCAAUUGAGGUAAUAAGAAAUCGGGAAAAAAAGUGGAUGCAUAUGUGCAAACACUGGGACUACUGGACAUCAACGGGCAAAGAGAAGUUGCGCGAGCGUUGCCGAAAGGGAAUACCCGAUUCAAUGCGCUGUGAAGCCUGGCAGAGGCUUGUGCAGAGUCCCGCUCUAUCUUCUAGGCAGGGCCCAGUUCUUAAUCAGGAAAAACCAAAACCACAGCCCUUGUCGCGCGGGUUACUUCGCAAGUCCUCAAGCCACCUCUCCAAAUCUUAA